CAAGGAAUUCGCAGGACGAUGAUGCCGUCGUGGUCGUACGAGAAACACCACUGCGGUGUCGAAUCGGUGUGAACCUCCCGAGAAUGCAGCAGGCCAGUGUAGGUGGCUGCAACGAGGACUCCGACACGACGAGUCCCCCGGCGAGAUCGCCGGUUGGUUUCGCCAUCAAAAGCGAGCCCGGCAUAGACAGGAACGACGGUGUGAGGGUUAAAGUCGAGAUGCCCGAGCCCACGGAGGCCGGCGUCGAGAUCAAAGGUGAGCCCCGGGAGGAUUAUCAGCGGCAGCAGCUGAGCAACGACGGUUAUCACUACGGCGACAAGAAGCCGGGAUACGUUCUGGACGCUCCCGGACAACCGCCACCGCCACCGCUGCCGCAUCAUCAGGGAUACCGUCCCGUCGGGCUGCCUAACUCUUUCGGCUUCCCUCCUUUUUACGGGCACCAUCAUCCGGCUAUGAUGCCGUCGUUUCCAACCGGACGCCCGUCGUCGGACGGCCCGAUUGGUAAGAUCGGCGACAUCCACGAGCAGACGACGCCGUCGUCGCACGUCGAUCGACAUGCGGCUGCCGCCGCCUACGGCAGAUUGCCACCGAUUCACAACGACGGCUUCCUGCACGAGCCCCAUCAUCACCGCUUCGACGCUGCCGACUUCCAGCAUGGUGUACCGUAUCCGGGCUUCCGGCCCGCCAUGCGUUCCUACGGCAAUCAUCAACAUAACAACAGCGCCUACAGCAGAAGCAGCCACUAUCACCAGGCUAGACAGCGCAAGUGGAGCAGCUCCGCAUUUCGUGGUCUUCAUCCACCGAUGCCAUGGCCCACGUGGUUUUUCCGCCCAGAUCUUCCACUUGGCACGCCGCUACCGACGAGUCACGUUCCAAAUUCGAGUAACGUUCCUACUUCGUCGCCUCUGCCAUCUCGGACGCAUCUGGACGUUCCGAAAGGACCGGAGCCUCCUUCCAACACCAACAAAGUCCAUGGACAGACGCCAACGAUAUGCACAUCUAUCCGCUGUACGGUGAACGGCUGCUCUUGCGAAUCUUUCACACCCGGGAAACGUCAUCUGCGCUACUGCGAGAACUGUCAUCAUGGAUGGGUGCCUCACGCGCUGGCGCGACUGUCAAACAUCCACCACCAACAGCAGCAACAGCAGCAGCAGCAGCAGCAACAGCAGCAGCAGCAGCAUGCUCAACAACAGCAGCGGCUCCACUGUAGUGGUGGUGGUAGUGGUGGUGGUGGUGGUGCGGGUAGUGGGGAUGUCGUCUCCGGCCCUCGUUCUACUGGUAGGGAGGAUAAAAGCGUCGUAGGGAGGGUAAAACACCCGGCAUCGGUGACGACGACGACGACGACGGCGGCGGCGGCAACGACGACGACGGCGACGACGACGAUGACGGCACCAGCGACUAGUAGUGCAGGAAGUGGAGGAGGGGGUGGUGGCAGUGGUGGAGGUGACGGCGGCGGCGGCGGCGGAGGUGGCAGUAGUGGUGGUGGCAGUGACAGUGGUAGUGGUGGCAGCGGUACCCCCGGUGGGGAUCGUAACGGCGGCGGUGGUGGUGGAGGUGGUUGUGCCGGUGGUGGUGGCGAAGUCGCGGAGAAGGAGGAGAGGCCACCGGCUUCAGAGACUGUCGAGCCGACGGCCGCGUUUGACGUCGCAUCCCUCGUACUCUACGGCUCGCGCGCACUGCCGAUACGCCUUAAGAUCUUGCUCGAUCAGUUGUUCAACCAGUUGCCCCCCGCGCAAGUGACACGUAUCCUAGCUGCCUUCGGUUGGACCCACGAGGAUUACACGCGAGGAUACAUACUGCAGGACUCGCAGAACGGCCCGGUGCUGGACCGAUGGAGUAUCUGCUCGGCUGAGGAGGAACCGCUGGUCCUGCAGCAGUUCCUCAGGUUCGCCGAGACGCGUCCGUUCGUGCAGCAGUUGCUGCUGGCCGCCGGAACGCCGGGUACGGAUGCUAUGUCACCAAGCAGACGACCUUCGCCACCGACGAUGCCACUAGCACACCUACCACCCCCGUUGCAUAUGCUUCACUGUGGCCUACCGCCACCGGGUUCCCGGCUUCCGCCUCCGCUGCCACCGCCCCCGCCACCACCGCCGUCGUCGUCUUCGAUCUCGCAUCCCUCGAUGUCGCCAACGGCACAAAAGCACUACUCCUCGUCGAAUCCUACCGGCGGCGUUAGCAGAGCGAACUCGCCUCCGCGUUCCUUAGACUCGCACCUAACGGUGUCGCCGUUGAAUCGGCUGCAGAGCAUGCAGCCGUUCGACUUUCGAAAACUGGGUACUCUCGGAUUGCCGGCAUUCCCGCCGUUGCCGCCGCCGCCACCAUCCGCGGAGCAGCUCCUGCAAAAUCGAAAGUCCAUGAGGAAUCCGCAGAGUCCCCACAGUCCACCUCAUCACUUAUCCGCGACGUCGCAGCUGCAAAGGCCGCAUAUGCCGGUCGCACCGAUCUCUUCCUCGGCGUUAACCUUCGGUCAUCCACUCUCGGUCGCCGUCUCCUCCGGAGCGCUACCACCGAGCUUCCCAACGCACUUUCCGCCACCACCGAUGGGUAAAUCACCCGGUUGCAUCGGUGGACUCACCAUGCCCGCGGACGUGCACAGCGGUGGUGAGAAGAGCAGUGAGUUCGGCUCGGAGGAGGACGAAGAUGAUGAGGAAAACUCCGACAGCGCAUUGAAUCUUAGCAGACGGGAUUCCGCUAUGGCAAAGCACAUAAUUUCCUCCGAGCAACGGCAUCCACCGCCGUUAUCGCUUCAGGCCACGCCGUUGGGCAGGCCACCCGGCAUACCCGGCAGGAAGCCGCACUCUCCGGGUAAGCGACCGGGCAGCCAAUGGGGCGCCGCCGCAAACAUGCCGCCGAACCUUGGUACACCUUUCAUUAAUCCCACCACCGGCAAGAAGCGCGUACAGUGCAACGUCUGCUUGAAGACCUUCUGCGACAAGGGCGCCCUGAAGAUCCAUUUCAGCGCGGUGCACCUACGCGAGAUGCAUCAGUGCACCGUCAAGGGUUGCAGCAUGAUGUUCAGUUCGCGUAGAUCGCGCAACCGACACAGUGCGAAUCCAAAUCCGAAACUACACUCACCGCACUUGCGCCGCAAAAUCUCUCCACACGACGGCCGCUCGUCCAUGGCGCAUGCCCUAGUAUUACCACCGCAGGUUGGACUCCCGGUUCCCGCUACUGGACUGAAUCAUCUACCUUUCGGCUCGUUUCCAUUGCUCACGCCACCGCCAGAUCUCCGUUCGCCGGCGUCGCUGUGCGCGCUGGACUUCAAGCAUUUGGAUCUGUCAUCCACGCAAGCAGGUCAGGGCAGACCGUACGAUGAGGCGCUGCAGCAAAGAAUGGCGAGCACGUGUCUGUCAACGACCACGGCCUCGACGACGAUGCCAGUGCCGAUGUCGAGCGUCGGGGCGACCACGACUACGACGACGGCGCGAGGUUCGUAUUCUGGUGGUGGCGCAUCUAUUAGCGCAGUCUCGCCGUCUACCCAAGCAUCAUCCAUGAUACCAGAAGGCGAGGAGGAUGAUGACGAUGACGAUGGUGGUAUCGUCGUAGUCGCGGAGGACGAAACCAGUAAUCUGCCAUCGAGGUUACAACCGUUACGUGCCGAAGAUGACGAGCAGCCGGCUGAUUUUAGUCUGGCGAAGCGGCCGAAGCUCUACUUUGGCGACACCGCCGACGAAGACCUUGCCAGCAAUCCCGACAGCAACGAGGAUAACGAUUCGAUGGGCACAGUUGACCAGCAACCUUUCUCCGUGAAUCAGCAUUCGCUCAACUCGAGUUCCUUCCACAGCCGAGGCGUGCGCAAAAGAAAAUCCCAGCAUCCCACGAGAUGUGCUGUGCCGGCGGAAGUGCAUUCCUCGUCUACCGAUGGCGACUCCUCCAAUGACGAAGAGCAGCGAAUUCAACGGCGGUGUCUGUCGGACGGCAUUGCACCAAUAGCAGAAUUUCAGAAUCAGCCAGAAGACAUGUCGAUGUCUAGGCUUGAGGCGGAGGAGCGAAAGAUACUCCCCAGCUCGCCGAGGAACCAAAAAAGCUUUCACGAUCGUGAAUCAGACUCGCGCUCUCCGGACACCGGCAAUAGAGAGCGCGAGAUAGCGACUAAUCGACGCGAUACUUUUUCCUCUCAAGACAACGCGGAGGAUCUACCUCAAGACGAGCCGCGUGACUUGAGCUCAAGGGCGAGCUCGGUCAAGUCGCCGAAACGACAGAUCACUCCAGAACCAAAGACCGACAACGCGCCGCCGUCGAGCACGACAUCGAGCGGGGCGACGACAACGACGACGACGACAACAACAAAGGAUCCCGACGCGAUAUUGUCGGAACAGAAAGAUCGACGAUUGAGCACGGAAAGCGACGAAACGUCAAGGGUGAAAGAGGAGACGAUCGCGAAAAAAGAACCCGCCGAGGUGACGCAGGAGGAAGGAAGGCCGACGAACAACGAGGAGCACCAGGAGGACGAGGAGGACGACGAUGAUGAGCCCAUGGAGGAGGUCGAGGAGGAGGAGGAUGAGGAGGAGGAGAUGGACGACGCGCUGCGCAAUCAAGAAGGUGAGCGUUCCGAUGAUCCCCCCCGUGCCCCGAGCUCGGUCGACAGCCGUCCAACGACAGCCGACGACCUCUCCCACGACUCCUCGACCAACACUUUGCGUCAACUCGAGUCCUUGUCGCAGGGUCGAUGCGCGAUGCCGUACGCCGAGACGCAGCGGGUGGCUUCGAGGUCUGGCCGCGGCUCUACCAGCCCUAUCAGCCUCACGACCCACCAGGAGAUCACCAUGGACAACUCCUCACGUGGCUCUCGUUCAUCCAGCGCCUCACCCUCCACAGUGGCCAUGGAUACGGACAAUAGCCUGAUCACGUACGCACGUUACGAGAACGGCGGCUUCGUCAGCACCCAGGAAGUGCCGCUCGACCGUGAGAAUCCGCGCCGUUGCACUGCCUGCGGCAAGGUCUUUCAGAAUCAUUUCGGUGUCAAGACCCACUAUCAGAACGUCCACCUCAAACUGAUGCACCGCUGCAGCGUGGAUGGUUGUAAUGCGGCCUUUCCCUCGAAACGAUCUCGUGAUCGCCACUCGGCGAAUCUCAAUCUGCACCGGAAAUUGCUGUCAACCUCGUCGAGCCCGCCGCUUUCCUCCAGCCUGCCACCGAGCCUAUCGCCGCGUGUUGACGACCCGCAAAUGAAUCCGCUGCUACACAACGAGUUCCUGGCACGACUCUAUGCGGAUGCUAGUAUCGGCGCAUUGGGCGCCUACCCCUUAGCACCUGGACUGCCGUCCGCGGUCGAUCUAGCGGCUCGGAUACCACCACCACAUCCGCUCCUGCUGCCACCGCAUCUUGGCGCCACGUUCCCGGGUCUAACCUCGUUUGCAUCUCACUUGGCUGGUCUAAACGGCCUCACUCAUCAGCAUCUGAAUCACUUGACGAGACUGACCCAGGAGCAAGGCAACAGGCAUGCGUCUAUUUCGGGUUCGCCUGUAUCUUCGCCAGGCUCGGAUGAUCGCAAAGAGGAGGCUAGGUGCACUGUACCCGGUUGCGAGCGCGUCUUCGGCUCCCGGGCCGUACGAGACGCGCACUCGAGGGAUCCCCAGGCCCACCGCGACCUGCCGAUCUUGUCCACCAGCAGCGGCUCGUGACCGAUCUCGUUCUACGGCCGCGGACACGAUUAUUAUCCCUUACUGUGAUGCCAAAAUCCUAACUCGGCGACUCGAUUCGGCCGAUCGGUCACCGAUGAUCUCGUUUCUAAUUAGGAUCGGCAGACCUAGAAAGCGGUCUUCCCCACGAACAGGGCACGUUUCGUUGCUCUAAAACGUUCCAUUCGAACAUGCGUAAAAACGUGCAAUAUCGAGCGGAGUGCGUGCGGAAUGAUCGACCAUCAACGUGACCGACAUGAAGCGGUCUUGUUGAUCAACGCCUGCCCAUGGAGUAAACGAGCCAGUUCCAAUGCGGUAAUAUCUGCCUGCCAGUUCUUCCCAUUUCUCAGAUUUAUACGUCAGAACGCAACACGCGAGUUUGUUGGGCUAAUCUAGUCAAUUUGGAAAUCUCGAUUUCGUGCGUUGUCGGAAACGACGGUAAAAGACGCGCGCUGAAUCGUUGCCAGUUUAUUUCGCUCGAUUAUUCGAACUAAUACUGUGCAAAAUUCCGGGUAAUGUGAUGUCAAAUUUUAAACUUGUAGCAAAGAUAAUUUGAAGCAAUCAAGAGAAAUUUACAAGACGUAUGAUAAAUCGAAUUUUGUAAAAAGAAUAAAUGAUUAGGUAUUGCAUAAAAUUUUUAUUUUAGUUGAAACAUGUAUUUUUUGUAGCGAUACGCGGAUUAUAUCGGAUACAAACACUUU